AUGAAAUACGCCAUUACCGAAAGUGCCUUACCCGCAGCUCGGGCGGCCGAGGCGGCCUCCCCCGCUUCCUCCCUGCGGGAACGCGGAUCACCUUUCCCCGGCCGCCCCUCGCACCGCCGGAGGGGGGUGUGUGGGUACGACGGGCAGACCCGCACCGGUGCCCGGUGGCGGAGACGCGGGGUCCGUGCCUUCCACCACGCCUUCAGCACCAACGACUGCUCGCGGAACGUCUACAUCAAGAAGAACGGCUUCACGCUGCACCGCAACCCCAUCGCCCAGAGCACGGACGGGGCGCGGACCAAGAUCGGCUUCAGCGAGGGCCGCCAUGCCUGGGAGGUGUGGUGGGAGGGCCCGCUGGGCACCGUCGCCGUCAUCGGCAUCGCCACGAAGCGGGCGGCCAUGCAGUGCCAGGGUUACGUGGCCCUGCUGGGGAGCGACGACCAGAGUUGGGGCUGGAACCUGGUGGACAAUAACUUGCUGCAUAACGGGGAGGUGAACGGCAGUUUCCCCCAGUGCAAUAACGCGCCCAAAUACCAGAUAGGUGAAAGGAUUCGAGUUAUCCUGGACAUGGAAGACAAAACAUUAGCAUUUGAGAGGGGCUAUGAGUUCUUGGGAGUUGCCUUCAGAGGACUGCCAAAAGUUUGCCUGUAUCCGGCAGUGUCUGCUGUGUACGGUAACACAGAAGUGACUUUGGUCUACCUGGGAAAACCUCUGGACGGAUGACGUGGAUUGUUCCACUGGGACAUGGAGACGUGGAUGAUCGGGAGGAGAAAUCUGCAUGUUGGUUAGAGGGAAACAUGUUUUAGAGGAAAAACAAGAAGGCGUGGGUGUGUGUCCGAGAACCAUCAAGGGAAUCACACAGAGUUUGGAAACGGAGGACCAGCCAUACUUCAGGAAUUGUCUUACAUUUCCUCUUUCUACCAGGCCAGAAAAAUCCUCAGGGUUGCAGUUGGUUGAGUGGGAAGCUGACACAUGCAUGUUGCAACAGAUUUCAUAGCUAAGGUGGCAGUGCGUGACCUCAAAUAUUUAAGAAAAGAUUUGAUAGAAAACUGCUUGAGGAAAUUAACCUGAGAUUUGUAAGUGGCGUGUUUUGUGAAAGACUCCCAUUUUAAAACUGCUUGUUCCUUCCCUUCCCUCCUUCGGGCCAAAGCGGGUACCGGGGGAGAGCGAGUCUGGUUGGGUUUUAUUUACAAUUUUUAACAUACUGAGAAGCAUGGUCUGUCUGGACUGCCCUUCUCUAGUAUAAUGAUACAAAAUGUGUGCAGCUAUUUUUAAGUGUAUUUUAAGGGUUGUAUAUAUAGAACACGUUGAAAAGAACAGUUAAAAGAAAGGGUUUGCUUUAUUCUAACUGGGAUAUAAUUUCUUGAAGGGGAAAAAACCCACCCAUGGCGUGGCAUCAGAAAAUAUACCUCGGACAGGUAUAUGACAUUCAUGUAAGUGUUCUUCUUCUGUUGUAUUGUAAAGCAUUUUGGGAUGCUCUUGUGGAGUAUGGUGCUGCAUUGGGUCAUUUUCUGUGGAAGUUUCCAUAGCUUUAGCAUCAGUUUUGUUCUCUGUAGGAAAUGCAAAAUGUUUUCCCCCCAUGUUUCCUUUUGGCCAAAAUUUGCGAACCCCUUUAGGAAAGGGAGGUGUGACACAGUGGUGAGCUUGUCUUCCUUUCCGCAGUAAAAAUACUAACUUUUACAGCAUUCUUAGGCUUUCUAAUCACUGUUGCAAAAUGUUUCAAACUAAUGAAGAAGCAGCAUUCAGUUUCUGAACCCAGAACUCGUGUUCAGCUUAAAUGGCUUUAGGAGGCUUUCAGACUUGGCUGAACCUUCUUUAAUUAAAUAAAAUCCCCCAGUACCCGAGUGCUCGCCUGCCCGUUUUCAGUCAGGCCAAGUAAGGCUCUUGCCAACCCUUUGAUGGGGAUUCUGGAUCAGGUUCCAUGUUCGGGCUUUUCAUUUGCACCUUUUUUCUAAAAAAACAUGUCCCAACCCCCCCGUGGCGUGCGGGUGCUGGCGUAGGCCGGCCAACGCCGAGAGGUGUGGUGAGGAGGGGCUUUCUGGUGAAACCCCUUUCCUCUGAGGUGGAAAGGUCUGUAGGGAGCCCCAGAAGGGCUCCUUUUACCCAGGGGGGGCACUCAAAUCUGUAAGCCCUGUGGCUCUUGACUCUGUAUUUUUGUCGGUUGGUGUUUCCCAGAGCCGUAUGAACGAUUUCAGAAUCGGGCGUGCUUUUCAGAGAGGGAGAAGGAAAUGUUUGUACAACCUCUUUCUGCUUUAUUUGCGCAAGAGAAUGUGAAUUGCUUAAUAUCGGACGCUGGCAAUUCUCUGAGGGUGGAAGAGAGAGGAAUUCCUCUUGGGCUGUUGCUUGCUUUUCCCUCCCGUUACUCGAGGGGUGCGAGCCGGUGAGUGAGGCUGCCGAAGAGCGACCCAUGGAGCGCUUUUUACCUAGUAGAUAACCAAGUUCUGCCCUGGAACAGAGCACGUAUGCUAUUACCAUUUAAAGAGAUGUAAAAGUAUUUAUUUGUUUUGCGUGGUGUUUAUUGCUUAAAGGCAAUAGCGAGGUCUGUUCCUCUUGGCUGCGGUAAAGAAACAGAACAGGCAGUGAGAAAUGAAGAUGUUUUAAGUGGUGCUGAGAAGAACCGAAUAAAUGAAGUGGGACGGGCAUACAAGUUCCUUUUGGGAGAAUCUGUUACAAGCAUUGAUUGUGCUAACCUGUUAAGUAUGUAUCCGCAUAGCAGAGCCGUGGGGCAGGAAGUGGGGAGAAGGGAACAAAACCCUGUCCGGUUCCAGACAAUAAACUUGUCCCCAAGGUGAAUGGAUUCUGGGUGCAGUCCUGCCAGACGUGACCGCCGCGCUCGUUCGUGAAUCCAAUUAGAUGCAAGUAAACCCUGAGAACUUCUGAGGAGUUUUGUUCACAAAUUAAGAUUGAUUUCCGCUCUUCAAACUGCGUCUUACUCUAUAAAUAAUUUCCCUCUAAAUUGGAAACGCUGGAAGUUGAACAUUCCUUAAGGGUGGGUUUUGCGGGGAGGGGGGGGACUCACUUAUGUAAGAUUAUAACUUAUUCCUGGAGACCGAUGCUGGCUGUACAAAAUAUUAAAAUAAACUCUGCUAUAAUUGA